AUGCCACCUAGACAACAUUAUGAAUUAGGUAAAAUUCCUGAACAUGAUGACUAUAGUUACGAUGAUGAUUCUGUUUCUGGUUCUAGCAAUUUUAACCAAAAACAUAAAACCAGUAACAUUGAGGAUGAUGAAAGUGAUGAUGAUAUGCGAAGUGAUAAAAGUAGUGAUGAAAAUGUACAAAGUGAUGAAAGCGAUCAAGAAAAUGAAAUUAAUGAAAUGGACAAUACUUGUCUUAAAGAACCUGAUAACAAAAAUACAAAAGAUGCAGUUAAUGACCCUAUUAGGGAAAUUUUUAAGUAUGUUUUCGUCAACGACUCUUGGACCUGUGACUCUUCAAUUGAAAAACUAUAUUAUUCAGCAUCAAUCUAUCCAAAUGUUUGUUACCUGUGUGGUAGCCUUGAUGUCAAUCAGCCUGUUCCUCAAGAUACCAGACGUACCCCUCGUUCUAAUGAAAAAUGA